AGUAGGCAGGCUGCAGUUAUCCAGCAGUUGUUAAUGUACACGCAGUCUGGGAGGGGUGGCCUUGUGUGCAAAUGAGGUCUGAAACCUUCCUGCCUGUUUGCUCAGACUUGUAUCGUAGCUAGUAGCAGCCUGGGAUACAAACUAUAUCCUGUUUCUGGUAAGCAAUGGUAGAGAGAUUGUUGUAAAACAAAGUUGGUGGUGUUAGGAUCAUUCGAGCACAGAACACUUGAAUUCGGCAUCUGAGAGAAGUACGACUAUGGCUGAGCAAAAUGUCCAACCCCAAGGCUCUAGUAAGAUGCAUCAAGUGCAGGAGCAAGUCAAUGAUGUCAAAAUUAUCCUCAAAGACAACAUAAACAAAGUUUUGGAAAGGGGAGAGAGGCUAGAUGACCUAAUCGAGAAAACAGAUGAUCUGCAAGCCACUGCGGACUCGUUUCAAAAGACGUCUGCACGAGUAUCCAGAAAGUAUUGGUGGAAAAACAUCAAAAUGAUGAUUAUAAUUGGAGUGAUCGUGUCCAUCAUUGUUUUGUUCAUCAUUCUUUUGGCGACUGGAGUCAUUCCUACAUAACGUAGUGACUUUUUUUCCUGCUCUCGUAUUAAAUGUAAUUAAGUGCAAAUUAGAUCAUCCAUAUUUAUGCUGUUUCUUUUUGGUCUUUCAACUGUACCUUGAAAGCUAACAUUUGACCAUGUAAAUAUAAUGCACAAUGUUUACUGUGUUAAAAUUGAUGCUAACAGAUAAAUGGUACAUCGAACCACUGAGGUUGCAAGGGUUGAUUAGUAAUAAACAUUUCAUUCUUAGUAUUUACAAGACUGACCGACACUAGUUCAUUUCUAUCCUCUGUAGACCUUUGAAACUGCAUAGUGGUUGUAGUUUAUUUGACAAAUGAGUCAUAAAAUACAUUUCUGUCAAGGGUAAAGGUAGAGAAGGAAGUACAUUUAUGAUUGCAUUAGGUAUUUUGGAGUACACGUAUCCUAUUUAUGGUCCAACCUUUGUUUUGGAUGUUCGUUAAAUAGUAUUGGUUUUUAUUUUAUAGUAUUUCAUUAAUUAUGAAGGUUUUCUUUUUCUGUCUUACACUAAACAUCCUGGACAAAAUGAAAUGUACAACUAUCCUUAUUCACUCAAAAAAUAUGUUAAUUUGCAUGUAAAUACUGAACACUACACAACAGACUGCUCAUAAUAAAGAGAGACUCUGUGGCAUGCAUUGAA